AAUAAUUAUGUUCAAAGUUAAGAUUCUCCAAUUAUUUGACUCCUUUGUGCUUAAUACAGUUGGUCCUUACUAUAGAAGAUUAGGAAAGAGCUUAUUAACCUAGGGGAAUGAUAUUUUGGGAAGUGAGGCCAGCGAUGAUCGUUUAGUGUAAUGUUUGAGAUAAGUGGAAGCGAAGGGACAUACACCCUAGAUUGGAGAUGCAAUAUUUACAGCCCCAAAUUCAGUAUUGAUUGGAAAUGUUAUUUUAAAACAAAAGUAAGGUUAAGAAAUUGAUUUGAUAGCUCAUCUAUAUGGUAUGGGGCAACCUUAAGAGCAGAUAAUAAUUCAAUAACAGUGGGAAAGAAUUCAUUAAUUUAAGAUAAUGUGUACAUAAAAGCAACCAAAACAAUUACAGUUGGCAACAACUCUUUAGUUGGACCUAAUUCUAAUUUACAAGGGUGUACAAUAGGGGAUGAUGCAUUUAUUGGCAUGGGAUCUACGAUUAAAGACGGUGCAAAUAUUCAAGGCAUUGUUGCAGCAGGUUCUCUUGUUCCAGAAGGCACAGAAGUUAAAUAAGGAGAAGUAUGGGCAGGAUCUCCAGCUAAAUAUUUAAGGGAUAUUACUCCUUAAGAAUUACAGAUUUUGAGAGAAUAUAAAUAAGAGUUACUAGAAUUAGCCUAGGUGCAUGGGGAAGAGACAUCAAAGAAUUUCAGAUAAGUAUGAUGAUCUAUCGAAUUAGAUUGUUGUAGAUACCGAUGAAAGAUUAUAUAAAUAAUCAAGGGGAAAUGAAGAAGAAGCUUUGUAGAAAAUAGCUGAAUUGAAUUUCCCAUUAGAAUAUGAAGAUGAGGAAUUUAUUGAACAAAGAGUAUUCAUGAAAUAACAACCACCUAUGUUCAUGGAUUCUGAAAACUUGAAAAGUCAAUAAGAUUAAUAUGAAUAAGAUUUAAGCUAAUUUUCAGAGAGUAAACAUAUUAAUUCAAUCCUUAGAUAUGUAGAAAUAUUCAGAAGACUAUCAAAUAUAUGAAGAAGCCAAGAAAUACUUCGAGUAGAACCCAUAAGCAAAAGCUAAUCAAUUUGCACCCAAAUCAGAAAUUCCAGAUGAUAAACCCUGGAGUAGAAAGUAUUGAUUUCAUCAUGAUAUAUAAUACCAACAUAAAUUUAAAAUCGAAC